AUGAAUACUAUAAUUGUUCUGUUUUUGUUUUCAAACUUUUUAAACAUUCAUUACGUUAGUACUGUAUCAUCGGGUAUUAAUAGCUUGGCCAAUGUCUGCUUGGAAGAUUUAAUUCGACCAUUGUAUCAACAUUGGAAAAGUGUUGAUAUAUCAGAACGAGGCAAAUAUCAAUUGGCUUUAUUUUUAGGUAUUUUAUUUGGUAUUUCAACUGUUGCGUUGGCUUUCAUUUUCACGUUAUCCAGUUCGCAUAUAUUACAAAUAUCAUUCUCGUUAUUCGGUGCAAUUGGUGGUCCAGUUUUAACUAUAUUUACUGUUGGGAUAUUUUUCCCUUGUAUUAAUGCGAAAGGUGGAUUGUGCGCAUUAAUUAGUGGUGUUAUCUGUGGUUUAUGGCUUUGUAUUGGAAAUACUUUUACAAUUUCACCAACUACCACUGGUCGUUUACCUUUAACAAUUGAAAAUUGUUCAUCUACACUUCGUCAGAAUAUACCAUCUAUUACACCGACUGCUACUACUACUACAACUAUCGCUAAUCUUUCCGAGACAACAACAUGGUCAUUUUAUUCACUUUCAUAUCUUUAUUAUUCUGCAGCUUGUUUAAUUGUUGGAAUUCCUAUAGGAUUUAUAAUUAGUGCAAUUACAGGAUUUAACAGUCAUUCACCAGUUAGUCCACGUUUAUUAGCUUGGCAAGCACGUUCAUUCUACAAACAUUUUCCAAAUUGGUUACCUCCACAAACAGCAAAUGAUCAGGAACUAGAACAAUUUUCUACUGUACAUCCUCCUCAAAAUACACAAGUUCUCGACAUGAAAUUACCUCGUUUACAAGUAAUAAGUGGGAAAAUUUCAUCAAUAAAUAAUGAUUCCAAUAUUCCUCAAAAAACUAACUUUACAUAACGUAAUACAGGAGAUUACUAUUAUUACACAAUCAUCAGUAUAUUUAUUAUUUUACUCUUCACUUGAAAAGUACAGUUUUUAAUCACUUAUAUUUUAUAUUAUUAUUAUUAUUAUUAUUAUUUAGAUGAAUUGAACGAGUGAACAGA